CCAUAUUCCAACUGUUUGUCUCCAUUCUCGGAUCCCAGUGAUCAACUAUUGGUAAUACGAACCUUAGUUGUGAAGCUAUGCUCCUAUAAAAGUCGCUAUAUUAGCCUCACUAACAUCGGACUUUCCAUUCGAAGACAUCACACGACCCCCUAAGUAUCUAAGUAACUUGUUCAUCGGCCCACGAUUCCGAAAUACCUACAUCUAUAACGCCAUCGUUCAUAAUAACAAGAAGGUUCAAUAGAUCUAUCCGGGGAAAGGGAAAACCGUGACAAGUCUUUGAUCAUUUAAAUAAUAUUAACCCCCGCAAUAAAAUGGCUGUUCCGAAUCCUAGUCACGACCUUUGCUGCAUCGUUCUAACAUCACUUUCUACAGAAGCAAUCAGUCUCUUCACCUAGGUACCUAUAACUAAGAUGGUUACGGUCGAAGUAUUCGAUGUCGGCAGCAGCAAAACCGAGCAGCUUCGACACAUGAAGUAUCAAAACAGAGCUACUAUCUCAUUGUUGGGAGCAAAAAGCAAACGUAUGAAGAGAGUCGUAACACCUCAGGACGGGCCAGAGUGUGAAGGUCUUCUCAAACGGGGAAGGGUCUACUUACAAUGGCUGGACAGCAUCGAGAUAAGCCCCCUAUUCAAGACGAAGGCAACAUUGCCCGAAAUGCUCCAACUCCUCACAGACAAGCCCGAGCUGUUCUAUCCCGAGGAUAUGAAAGCCAGUGCACGGGCCUUGCAUGAGAAGUGGGAGUCUGAGAACUGGGGCGCCGCGAACGUGGUAGAUGAGGAAGAAACAACUGCGGAAGAGGUGCCUCCCGGAGGUGAACAGGAAGCUCCCAUUGUUCAGAGUCAGCUGCCACCGCUUGACCAUCCUACCUAUGGACAGAACGGGAUCAUGUAUGGGAUUAUGGCUGUUCGUGGUCCUAACGGUAGAAUAUCUUACCGUCAGAACCCUCAAGUUCCUGCGAAACCAGCCAAGGUUUACGGACAUAACGAUAUUCUUAUCGGAACUUGGUUCGCCAACCGAUUAGUUGCGCUCCAUCGCGGUGUCCAUGGCUCGUCAGUUGGGGGAAUCGCCGGGUCUAUUGAAACAGGUGCUCAUUCUAUCGUAGUGUCUAAAGUCUACGAUGACCUCGACGAUGACCAGGGUGAGACGCUUUACUACUCCGGCUCAAACAGUCACUCGAACGAGGACCCCAAUAAAUCAGCGCCAUCUAGCACAGGAACCAAUGCUCUCAAGGCCUCGUUUCGGACAGGACGCCCCGUGCGCGUCCUCCGUGCCGGUGGUCCCCAGGCCUCUAAAAGCAAUCGGUGGCUCCCUGAAUGCGGCAUCCGAUACGAUGGAUUGUAUCGAGUUACCGGACUACGAGAACGCAAGAACACAAAAGGUGGACUCUACGAACAGUUCCGACUACAAAGAGAGUCUGGCCAACCGCCUCUAGAGGAGCUCCGCAAAACGUCGCCUACAGCCCAGCAAAAGCGCGAUUUAUAUAGAUUUCAGCAGGAUUAUUGAGAAAGAAAAAAAGAUAAAAUGGCCAAUCUCUACUAAUACAAGCUGAGGUCAUCUAUCCUAAGGAAACUUUAGACCGUCAAAUUUACUUUUCAAAAAGAGGAAGAAAAGAAAAGGGAAAAAAAAGUUCGAACUCACAGCCUCGUUGGUACGAUGGCAUUGUCAGGACGUUAAUUGCUACUUGGG